UCAAUGGCGGAGGCUGGGGGGGGGGGCAGACUUUGCACCCCUGGGUCCAGGAUGAAAACCGCAGCACAGCACUCGACUCUGAUGAAAUCAACUAUGUGGCUGAGACUUUUCUUCACCUUCGUCUUCAGCUCCUGCGGCUGCCGGGCGGCAUCAGUCUUUCUGGAUCCAGAUCAAGCCCAUGGCGUCCUGGUCCGGACUCGGAGGUAUAACUCGGGCUGGCUGGAGGAGCUCCAGAUGGGAGAUCUGAAGAGGGAGUGUCUUGAGGAGAAAUGCUCCUAUGAGGAGGCCCGGGAGGUGUUCGAACACACCGAGACCACGAACGAAUUCUGGAAAAUAUACAACAUCCCAGACAGCUGUAAGUCGAACCCCUGCCUGAACGGCGGCAGCUGCUCCACCCAGGGUUCAUCCUACACCUGCUACUGCCUGCCAGAGUUCAGCGGACUCAACUGUGAGCUCGAGUACAUGGACGUUCCCGACACCUGCCUGCUGGAGAACGGAGGCUGUGACCAUUUCUGUGACGAAGAGGUGGGAGGACGAAGUCUAAACUGCUCGUGUGCAGAUGGCUACUUCCUGGAUGUUGAUGGGCGGAGCUGCGUAGCAAAUGAGUCGGUAGUGUGCGGCAUGGUCCCCAUCCUGGAGGGGGAGAACAAAGCCAAUCAGCUCGACCCUCGAGCUCGAAUUGUUGGAGGAACCGAAUGCCCCAAAGGUGAAUGCCCCUGGCAGGUUUUGCUGGUUUACAAAGGCAAAGGUUUCUGUGGAGGAGUGAUUUAUAAACCCACAUGGAUCCUCACAGCAUCUCACUGCCUGGAGGACACCGAUGCUCAGUUCCUGAAGGUGGUCGCAGGUGAACACAACACGGUGGUCAACGAGGGCACGGAGCAGCUCAUCGAGGUUGCCGAGAUCAUCAUGCACGAGAACUACGAGACACGCACUGCCAACAACGACAUCGCCCUCCUUCGCCUGGCGUCGCCCAUCACCUACACCACUUAUGCCGUCCCGGCCUGUCUGCCGACGCGUCCCCUGGCCGAGCGCGAGCUCUGGGCCGUCAGCCUGCACACGGUGAGCGGCUGGGGGAGGAGGAGCGAGAACGGACCCACCUCACACCUCCUGCGGCGUCUGAAAGUGCCGCGGAUCCGGACCCAGCAGUGUGUGGCGGAGAGCGGCGUGGUGCUCACCGAGAACAUGUUCUGCGCCGGGUACAUUGAGGGCCAGCAGGACUCGUGUAAAGGCGACAGUGGCGGACCCCUGGUGACAGAGUACAAAGGGACGGUGUUCCUGCUGGGCAUCGUCAGCUGGGGGAAGGGUUGCGCCCGACCGGGCAACUACGGCAUCUACACCCGAGUGUCCAACUACCUGGAGUGGAUCCACAACCGAACAACACCAUCACCACCGCCGCCAGCUCAGCCAACAAACAACACCACGCCUUCCUUACACAACGUGAAUGCGAGAGCGGAGCUACAACAUUUACUGCAGUCAAACAGUUCACAGUGGUAAAGCUUGUUCAAGUCGAGUUAAUUACAUGUAAACUAAAGUACACUGCAAUGUCAUGUCUUAUUUCAGUUUACAGAAUGACUGUACUUUUUUACUGGAUAUUUUGUUUUAAGCACAAAUAAACAGAAAAUGAAGGCAGUGUCACACUGUAAAGUGAUAAGUGAUUUUAACUCAGACACAUUGUACAUAGUAUAGUGCAGUGUAACUUAUAAAAGCUGCUUCAUCAACAAUCUUUUAACAAAUUCAUUUGUUAUACUUAAAAUUUAGUUAAAAUAACUGUUGAUAUUACAGUGUAUCAAAGAAAAAGGACAAAAUACCCAAAGUCAACAACAUCGGGUAGGAAGCCGCUCUGAACGGAGAUAAACCGCCGUUAUGACAUCACAACAACAACUUGGACUCACUGUUAUUGUCUCAAUAUAACACAACGUGAUUGUUUACUGCUUAAAUGUUGCUGUCACUGUCCUGUCGAGGUGUCUUCUAAUGUAACAUAUCUGAAAUAAUAAAUAUAAUAAACUAUAAGUCAAAUGUAAUUAUAAAUAUAAA